AUGUCUACUCUUGUUGAUGUUAUUGCUGGAUUAACCUCCUUUGAGGUUGAUGCAACCCUUGUAAUUAGGAAAUCUCCCCAUGCACUGAACCAAGAACUCGUUUCCUCUUUGACGCUUGCGUUCAAUUCAAAACUCCUAGUUGUUGACCUUCGGGAUUUGUCAUUUAGGAAGGAUAUAGUUUGGGAUCUUGUCCGGGGUUUGAAUUGCCAAUUACUAAACCUUAGGAGCUCAGGGAUCAAAAAACUGGAUAUGAUAGGAGAACUCACGCAGUUGCACACUCUUAAUUUGGACUCCUGUUCUUCUCUCACCAACCUGGAGGAAGAAUGUUUUCCUUUCAUGCCAAAACUGAGACACCUCUCAUUGUGCGGUACAAGAGUUAUUAAUCUUGGGACAAGUACAAAUAGUGCCAUUUUAUCCAGACUUUCCUCAUUGGUAGAGCUCCAGUUUCAUAAUUGCAUAUCCCAGAAAGACAUGUGGUCAUCUCCUGCACUAAUCAAUGAGAGAAGAUAUAUUACCUCGGUUAAAAUCGGUGAGCCAAUUAACGGCCGUCAUUUCACCGAACAAACUACCGGUGCGGAUGAGUCUCUCCAACUUUCUCCUGGUGGUUCAUUUACUAUUAAAGAGGCUCAAAGCAUAUUUCAGGGGACUUCAGUUAAGAAAUUAGAUAAGCCACUCGUUUCAGUUCCCUGUCCUGUUUUGAAUAGACAGGAAAAUCUGAAAAUCGAGGUCUCUCCAGGGCAUUUGGAUGUUCAAGAGAAAGACGAGUCUCCAACAAGUGUACUUCAAUGGGAUUCAACUGAUUCCGAAUUACAUAUCUCUAAUCAUCCAUUGAAGGUUGACUUUGAGAAAAGAAACAGUAAGAGCAUGAUUGAACCAAUGCCUUGUUCAGAAAAUAUGGAUAAUUUUCCCGUAAAAGCAGUAGACAGAGAAGUGGAGAAGACUUCCUUCUCAAAAUACUAUGAGUACUUACCAUAUAAGCGCCAACACAAGGAGAGCAUUGCCAGCAUCUUGCAUAUGCGGGAAGCAGGAAUAAGUGGAACCCAGAAAAACAAAGAAGGAAAGAGGUUCCGUCCAAGGCAGUUCGAGUAUCAUCCUUCCAACUCUAGUCUUAUGGCGGUUGGAACUCUUGAUGGAGAAGUGGUUCUCCUCAAUCCUGAGACCCGAAAUAUUAUCAAUCAUAUUUCGCCCAAGUGGAACUCUAACGGUAUUUUGGGGCUCUGUUGGCUCAAAAAUAACCCUUCCAAGCUCCUUGUGGGCUCCGACAAUGGUUCCUUGAGAUUGUACGACAUCAAUCAUCUCCCACAAGAAUUCGAAGAUGGCUAUUUCAAUUCCAGUACGGUUAUAUUUGAAGAUUUUGAGCAUUUGACUUCGGUUCAUGUUAAUUCAACGGAUGAUCAAUUUCUAACAAGCGGAUAUUCCAAGAAAGUUGCCAUAUACGAUAUUUGCAGCGGAAAACGUGUACAACUGUUCACGGAUAUGCAUCGGGAACCAAUAAAUGUUGCUAAAUUUGCAAAUCAUUCCCCUAAUCUGCUGGUUACUUCAUCAUUUGACCGAGAUGUGAAGAUGUGGGAUUUAAGACAGAAACCCAUUAAACCUUGCUAUACAGCAACGAGCUCAAGAGGAAACGUGAUGGUCUGCUUCUCUCACGAUGAUCUUUAUCUACUUGUUUCUUCUGUAGAUAAUGAGGUCAGACAACUUUUAGCUGUGGAUGGGAAGCUUCACACAAAAUUUGAUAUAGUUUCAACAGGCAGCUAUAAUAACUACACUCGUUCUUAUUACAUGAAUGGGAGAGACUACAUCAUUAGCGGAAGUUGUGAAGAACCAGUUGUCCGUGUUUGCUGUGCCCAAACCGGAAGGCUACUAAGAGACAUUUAUUUGGAGGAUGAUGGCUCGGCAAGCUCAAUUUUUGUGCAAUCCUUGAGAAGUGAUCCCUUUAGACAUUUUCACUUGGCCGUCCUAGCUGCAUAUGUUCGACCGAGCCGGCAUUGGGAGAUUAUUAAUGUCAACUUACUUUCGUCAAGCCACCUUGAUGAAGAAUACCCCUAA